CAUACACCCAUCCGAACAGCAACUACGCAAGUGAAGUCUUCUUGAUGCUGGCGCAAUCAACAUCGAUUCGCAGGGUGUUAAGCUGCAUACCUGGUACCGUGAUCCUCUAUCGGGAAUCUGGAUCUAGUCUCCCCUUGUGGCCCUCAAUCUACCUCACAGAUGACGUCCCGCCGAAGGCGUUCCUACAAACCCGACCCUCCGGCUUUUACAGUGUUGUGCUGAAGCUAGCCAGAGUUCUAGAUGCAGGGCAAUUGCGAUGGGCGCAAACAUCGGAAAUGAAUCACUUCAAUCCCUUCGCUGCCGACGACAACACCAAACGGUCCACACCUGGCCUUGAGGAUGCCUACACUGUCGCACUCGAGGCGCUCGAGGCUGGACUUGAUCUGAACCAUUGGAAGGGAAUCCUGACCACGAGCCAAGAUCAGGACGUGAUCAGCAUCAAUAGUGAUGAUGACAAUUUGGACGAUGAUCCACAGAUGCGUCUCGCAAUCAAGAUGGGUAUUGUGGUAGAUGUUCGUUCAGCAGAGGCUCCGUAUCGAACAAAGCCCCCAGCGGUCCGAAUAAGGCGCUGCAAUGCUGGGCCUGACUUGUCGUCACCACGUGCAGCAAAUGUUGCGCCACACUCUUACGACAGCGAACUGUCGUCGCCUGUUCGAAGACACUUUCAACGACCCUCGAGAUUGCCCACCCCUACGCCUUCGCCUCCAAGCAAGACCGAGAUCUUCAACAUCUCCUCGCAGUGGUCAAAGCGCUCGAGCCCGCCUUCACCGGCAUAUUCGGAUGAUGACUUACCCUCGCCUUCGCGAAGGAGAAAGCUGACCGGCAGUUCCGAAAUAUCAAGGCGAGUCGAUCCUUUCCAGUUAUCUUCACAAUCAUCGCAGAGCACACCUUCGCCAACUUUCGUUCUCUCAGACGAGGAUGAUCUGCCAUCGCCUCCUCGCCUAAGGAAAUCAAGUACUGCAACCGGACUCAAACCAUCAAGAUAUAUUCCGCAACAGUCAGCCUCCAGGUCCAAGAAAGUAGCCCAAUCAGUUCUAUCUGCCAAACGAGUAUUCUUGCGCAAUGGGUUGAGCGCUUCUGUUUCUGCAAUGCCUGAUGCCGAUGUUAUCGAAGAAGAUCUGUAA